AUGUCUCUCAAGGUCAUCAAGACUCGGUUGAAGGGCAACAACGCCCUUCAAUUCGCUACGCUGAUUACACAGCUCGCCGCGGACGUGUCAAGUUUGGUCCCGUUCCCACCAGCAACUGCAGCUGCGUCGGCUGUUUUGGCCAUCCUUGGGACAGUGCAGGCGAGUGAGGCUGUCAAGUCGAAUCGAGAUGAUUGUUUUCGUCUUGCACGCCGCGCAGCUCGCUUGCUUAUUGACCUCGGUCGUCGAAUGGAAGGUAAGUGGGAGAACGCACCCCCGGCACUGCUUGAAAACGUUCGGGAGUUUGAGAGAACCUUGAUUUCCAUACGCGAUUUCAUGCUUGGAGCUGCGCAAGUUAAAUGGAUCGAUCGUUUCCUGCAAAAGUCCGACAUUGAGGCCGCCAUUUUGGAUCAUAACAGCCGGUUAGAGGAGGCGUCCCAUUCAUUUCAGGUUUUUUUCUUGAUGCUGUCAUUAUCUUCUCGACGCUUAUCGCGAAGUAUCAUGAAACAGAUGGCUUCGCUUAUAGAGAUCCAGCACGACGUCUGGCACAUGCGCAGCGGCUUCUCUAUCGCACAAAAUGCGGGUGCAUCAAACAUCGUAACGUUCCCUAGUGUUCCACCAUACGUGUCGGAGGAUGCGGCCACAUAUUUCCCGCCUCCAACAUGGACGCCCUUGGAUUCAUCGAAGGAGGUUGCAGUAGCCCAACACACAAAAGCAACUACGGAGGUUGUAGCCAUUGCCGACAGCAGCUCCACCGAAAAUUCAAAUGCUGCACGGACUGCCCAGACGCUUGCUACCGAAGUGGAAGCUUUUCUCGGGGAAAGCACAGAAGCAUGCGACGAGUUUGGGUUUCGGAGGUACCAUCAGUCUGAGGUCAUUCUUCGCAAGUCGAACCGAAGGGGGCAGGGAUGGUUCGCUGGGAUAGCUGAGGUGGAUGUGAAUGGCCAAAAGAUGAUGGCAAAGCGUUAUGACGAGCCUACCAAGACUGCAGCUGUCAGGCGGUGGAUGAACGAUAUCAAGAUGUUGCGCACCAUCUAUCACGAAAAUCUACCUCAGAUUUUGGGUUACUCAGAUGGAAAGACACCGACGCCGUUCAUCCUGAUGGCCCAAGUGCAAAUAAAUGAUGUUCAUGCAUACGUCCAAUCGGCUUUGAAGACGCAGACACUUGCGUCCUCAGCAAGCACGAUGUUACGGAUGUAUCGUGAUAUUACUUCGGCGGCUUUGCACCUGAAACAACAGCUUUCCCUGAAUAAUGGUGAACUGCAAGAUUUCGUUGAGGUUCGAGGCAGCCUAGUUCCUGGCAUUCAUGAUCUUACCUCGCAGCAGAACGCCAGCUUUUCGAUCAGCGAGGAUAAGAACAUUGUCCUCGGUCUACCUCCUCCUAAAGAAGGAACGUGGCUCUCGUUCCGCAGCUAUAGUCUGACAGAGACUCUAGUCGACUAUCCAGAAAGUCAUCCUACAUCUUCAAACAAUCUCACUGUCCAGAAAAUUCAGCAGCUUAGAGCCUUACUCGAGGCGCUUCUCCCUAAAGCGAACCAUGACCCAAACCUUCAUCCAAGUCUCGAGGAGCUGCUUGAAGAUGUGGGACACAGACUCAACUCUAUUACGCUCUCUGCCCUUCGCCACAAUUGCCUUUCUCGAAACGUGCACAGCCAGCAAUGGACGCACCGGGCGCCAUUGGGAAAAAACAACGUGGGCGACUAUGGCUAUAUCCCUGCGGGAGGCACAUUUGAAGAGUUUCAACGUCUUGGGAACGUAGUCGACCUGGAACCAGGCACCUUUUCCUUCAUUUCGGAAGUCACUGGCAAGCAGACGCAAUUUCUGAACGGAUUUAUAGAUCGACAGGACGUUGAGCCCUUCGUGCUUCAUGACGGAUUGGAGGGGUGGCCUACGGCUGUCAGCCCCAGGGCUGAGGUCACAGUGUUUGUAAUCCGACGGGUUUAUAUGGACUCCGUGAACAGUGCUUGGAAAUUCUUACUGAAAAGUGCACAGCAAAUCGCCGAAAGCCACGGUGUGGAUCCACAUCAGCUGAUAUUGAUAACUCAGACGAUCACUAUAAAUGAUCACAGAGUGAAGGACUGUAGUCCUCCUCCGCUCCCUAUGCCGGGUCAACGCCAAGGCCCUGCAUUUCUGACCAAUCCGCCCUUCAACCACUCACCAAGUCAUGGCCACUCGUUUGGGCAGUUUGGUAACAACCAGGUGUCGGCACCGCCCAGGAUCGUGUACCUUUUCACUUCAGCCAGUCCCGAUCAUAAGGUCUUUUGGACGGAUAAUCCGAUGGGGAAACCGCGCCCCCGUGAGUAUCGCUCAACGAGCUGGACAUACAGCGGCUCAUCCGGAUGGCCGACUUCAGACAUCAGCUACAUUCAGUUGCAUGAAGAGGAUUUCGCUGGCUAGGACGCGGACUCUGUAGUGAUGCAUGGUUGCUUAAACGUACUCUACCGAUUGAUCAAUUCAGUAUCAACCCCAACAUUCGUUCUUUUCAUU